AUGCGCUUUUGUUAUGUGUUAUUGCUGCUUCAGGUGGUUGGAGAAGGUCGCUGUGCAGUUGUGGAUACUUACUGGCAAACUGAGACCGGCGGACAUACAAUUGCGCCAUUACCUGCAGCAAUCCCAUGCAAACCUGGCAGUGCAACACUUCCAUUCUUUGGGAUAGUGCCAGUGAUCGUUGAUGGAAAUGGUCAGGAAAUCGAAGGUGUUGGCGAAGGUAGCCUGUGUUUCAAGCGUGCUUGGCCAGGCAUAAGCAGAAGCGUAUUUGGUGAUCAUAAUCGGUAUGUGAAAACUUAUUUCGCCCCCUUCCCUGGUCUCUUUUUCACCGGUGAUGGUGCGAGACGGGAUGCCGAUGGUUACCUUUGGAUUACAGGGCGUGUCGAUGAUCUCAUGAAUGUUUCGGGUCACUUGUUGUCCACUGCUGAAAUUGAGUCUGCGCUGGUUGCUGACGAUGAUGUUGUUGAGGCAGCCGUAGUCGCUGCACCGCAUGACAUCAAAGGCAGCUUCCCGUAUGCGUUCGUCACUUUGCGGAUGGGAGUGAAGCUCACGGAGAAAAAAGUUGAAGAACUGAAGCUUUCAGUACGACGAAAGAUCGGUGCGAUUGCCGUUCCGGACGUGAUACAGGUAGCGCCAGGCUUACCAAAAACCCGUUCAGGUGAAUCAUAUCAUUGA